CGUGGACAGCCCCCUCCUCCUGCCCCGUGACCUCCACUGCGCGCGCGGGCACCAAUGGCGGCCGCGUCGCUCAAGUUCGCCUCCCCCAAACCCUUGGCCUCCGCACCGUCCGCGCUCCUUUGCGGGCGUCGCGCCCAGGCGCGGCCCCUCCCAGCAAGUCGCCUCCCUCCGCCUACCCGCGUCGCCGUGCAGCCCCCCGCCGCGCCGGUCGCGACGCGCAUCGGCUCCUUUGACAAGGUGCUGGAGGCGCUGAUCGGCGGGACCGACUUCUCCGAGGAGGAUGCGGAGGCGACGCUGAAGCUGCUCCUGGACGAGAAGGACGAGGCGCGCAUCUCCGCCUUCCUCGUCCUCCUCAGGGCCAAGGGCGAGACCUUCGAAGAGAUCGUGGGGCUUGCGAAGGCGAUGUUGAGCUGCUGCAUCCGAGUCGAUGGUCUGGACGACGCCGUCGACAUUGUCGGGACAGGCGGCGACGGCGCAGACACCGUCAACAUCUCCACCGGGUCCACCAUCCUCGCCGCCGCGGCCGGCGCCAAGGUCGCUAAGCAAGGAAGCAGGGCUAGCUCGUCGGCGUGCGGCAGCGCCGAUGUGCUGGAGGCGCUCGGGGUCAACAUCGAGCUUGGACCCGAGGGUAUUAAACGAUGUGUCAAUGAGGUGGGUGUUGGAUUCAUGAUGUCUGCAAAUUAUCAUCCUGCAAUGAAAAUUGUCAGACCUGUGAGGAAGAAGCUUAAAAUAAAGACAGUUUUCAAUAUCCUUGGUCCUCUACUGAAUCCAGCAAGGGUGCCUCAUGCUGUUAUUGGUGUUUACCAUGAGAAUAUAGUUACCAAGAUGGCUAAGGCUGCUCAGAAAUUUGGAAUGAAGAGAGCAUUGGUCGUCCAUUCAAAGGGUUUGGAUGAAAUAAGCCCACUUGGUCCCGGAUAUAUCCUUGAUGUUACUCCAGAGAAGAUUGAAAAAAUGUUCUUCGAUCCAUUGGAUUUUGGCAUUCCUCGCUGCACAUUGGAAGAUCUGAAAGGAGGCGAUCCAGCGUUUAAUGCAAAAGUUCUCCAGGAUGUUCUUGCUGGUCAAAGGGGGGCGAUUGCAGAUGCCCUUGUUCUAAAUGCUGCGGCGUCCCUACUUGUCAGUGGUAAAGUGAAAAAUUUACAUGACGGUGUUGCUUUAGCACAGGAGACACAGCGGUCCGGGAAAGCCAUCAAUACACUUGAGUCUUGGAUAAAAAAAUCAAAUAGUUCCAGAGACUGAGUGAAGUUGAGUAGCAAUAGAUGGAUUUCUGCAAUAAGACAUGAGGAAUGGUAGCAAAUAAGGGCUCCGCUGAGUCCAUCCAUCAUCCGUGUAUGAUUGGCUUUCUUCUCGUGUUUUGUUCAUGAUUUGUGUCAGAAACCUAGGUGGCAUCUAGUCUGGUUUAUGUAUUGCCAGUGCUGUUGUGUAGAAAAAUCUCCGUCGAUAUUCUAAGCUUUUUGGUUAGAAAGGUGCGCUCUUCAUUGUCCUUGACGGAACUCGGGGUAGAUGAACAUAGGCCAUCUGUUGUGAUCUUGUGAUGCUGCAUUACGUUUGCAAUGGAUCAUAUAUUAUGCAAUGGCAUGGGAAGAUUAUACCCAUUUGUAAUGGGGGAGAAUCAGGGCUUAAACAUUUCUACAAUAACGUGCGAAGAGUUGUCCCCAUUGGUAACGCAUGUCCUGAAAUAUGAAUAAAGCUGCAGGCAGUUGAUAUUUUGCAA